AUGAGCUUGCCGGAGAAGGCGCGGAACAAGCGUACCCACAAGGUGGAGAAGCUCCAUCUGAAGGCACUCGUGCUCGCCAAGAAGCGCGACAAGGCGCAGUGGAGACAGGUCUUGUCCGAACACAACGAUGGCAAGCUGCGGCAUUGGCAGGCCAAGGAAGCGUCCAUCAACACCAAGAUCUCCAACUUGCGUGCAGACAUGCUCAAGAAGAUUCAGAACCCCCUGGAACUGUUUCCAGCUGACCAAGUGGCGUGGCAUGCAGCAAAGUUCGGUCUCCUUUCUCUCCUCCAGGCGCAUAUCCACACCCCUGGCGCGCUGGAGUAUCGAGAUGCGUCGUCGUCCGGCACGGCCCUCCACGUCGCAGCGUACUUUGGACACCUGGACUGCGUGCAGUUUCUCACGCAAUCAGACGCCGACGUGAAUGCGACCAACUCCUUCGGGUUCACACCCCUGCUGUGUGCGGCGGAGCAGCAGCAAGCGGACGUCGUGUCCUUCCUCACAUCUCUACCUCGCGUGGAUCCAUACAUUCGAAGCACAUCGGGACUGCUAGCAAUCCACGUGGUGCGCAAAGGUGCGAGUCUGUUCGGAGACAAGUACGGCCGCUACGCCAAGUGCAGCCGCGCCCUGGACGCCAGAUGUGCGGUUAUCCACGGCUGGCUGUUUGAGAGUCUUCGCGGCACGCUGCUCAACCGACUCGUGCUCGAGAACGUCGGGUUCAAGGCGCAUUCUUGGCAUCAACGGUACAUGGCCGUCCUCCGCACGAGCGCCACGUCCCCAGAGCUCGAGUUCGUCGCGUACGAGACCCCAGCCCCCAACGCGUGUCCAGCCGUUCCCGUGUGGGUGGCGGUGUAUCGCAUGGGCGACCCCGUCACGUGGCCCAUCCCCAAGCGCAGCCUCAACAACAAGCCGCACACAUUCUCGUUCACUGGCGUCGAAAUAUUCCCUUCCAAGCAGGCGGCAGCUACGUUUGAGUUCGCCGCGCUGAGCGAGGAGGCCUUUACGACGUGGAUGCAGUUCUUCGAGCAUGCGUUCAUCGAUGCGUCGGGGAUGGCCCCGCUGUCUUCGAGUGUCGAGCAUGGCUCGAUCCCAGUCGCGGACGAAGUGCCGUUCGAGGACCUCUUCCCGCCAUCGCCCGCCGCCCUUCCGCUGGCCAAAUCCCUCGCGAUGGCCCCGUUGCCUGCGACAAGGGCGGCCAGCCUCGAACAUGCGACCCCCGCUCCAGUCGUCGAGGAAGCGCAUGAAUUUGCCGUCAAACUGUCGCCGUCCGCCCCAGACUUUUCCAUGCUUCCGCCGGCGUCGGCGCCGGACGCCCACGAGUGCGUCGUGUGCUUCGACGGACCCCAGGAAGGAGUGUGCGUGCCCUGCGGCCACCACGCCGUGUGCAUGGCCUGCGCCCGCUGCCUCCUCGCGCACCCGCCCGCGUCCUGUCCCGUCUGUCGGGGUCCCGUCCGUGAAAUCAUCCGCAUGUUUCGGUGCUGA